CCAUUGUCAAACUAGGAUUUAAAUGCAUCUUCAUUAUCAUUUUUUUUUUGUUUCAUUAUGCGGCUAGAGUUAUAGAUCCCAUUCCAUUUAGUAUUUGCUCACAUAUCAGUUAUCACUAUCCUAGCUAGCUCCGCUCCACCUUAACUUCAGAUUCUGAAGUAAAGCACAAAACAGCUUCUUAUGUUGUAGCCUUGUUGCCAUUUUCCUUUCUUUGGGGUAUCAGUCUAUCAGAUCUCCUUUUGUUGCUCCGUGAAAUUCACCAUUUUGAAUUUGAAUUGUUACUAUUUCAAAAAUAAGAAGCUAGACCACAAUUAUUGAUAAGUUGUCUAAAAAACAAAGAAAACUUAAUGAUUGAUAUUUGAUAAGACAGAGUAACUAUGAUGCGCACUAAAACUAAAUCGACUGCCUUUUUGAAUUCAAGACGACAAACACGACUUCUCUUCUCCACUCCUGAGCACACUCCUUGUCCAAAGCCAAUGUGAGUUUACUUGAGGUGGUAGGUCCUAUUCACGUGGCACAUUAUAGUUUUGAUAAAAGAUGUAAAAUCGUUGUACCAAAAGUCAAGCCAUUAUACAAAUUCAUCGCAGCCUUAGAUUUUCUCGAUCGAAUCAUGCGAACAUAACCAAAGGCCCUUUUCUUAAAAGAUGUUUCAAGGAAAGAAAAUUCCAGCGCUGAUAAUUUCUGUGUAUUAUUUAAUUCCCACAAGCUUGAAGUUCAAGAGUAAUGGCACCAUGUGGGAUCAGGAAAAGCAAAGAUGCAAAUUGAUAAAUACAAUAUUAGAAAAGCCAAAAAGCUGAUUUUCAAAGUUUUCCACUCUUUUUAUAGCUAAUACUUCUCUAAAUAGAGACGCUUUAACUCUUUGUGGGUGUGGUUGGUGGGCUGUAUCACUCUUUUAAGAUUUUAAAGAUUUAUUCUCUUAGUAAAAUUAUCUAUUCAAAAUGACAAGUAAAAAGCCUAAUCAACCGUAAGAAUGAGUCCAAACAAAAUGAAACGUGAAUCUUUGCACUACAUUUAUUUUGUAUGAUUAUGUAACUGCAUGUUCCGUAUCUGGCGUCGUACGUACUACAAACAUGAAUUGUAUGACAACAACAACAACAAAAAACAUGACUUAUGACAAAGAUUUGAGAAAAGAAGAAAACGUCAAAAGAUGUAGAUGAAGAUAUAUCUAAUGGAAAUCUCGCAUUGGUUACAAAAUCGAUAUAUGUCUAUUAACUCUAACUUGUGAUAGUGUGUUGUGGUAUCCAUAGCUCAAUAUGUAUCUUUUGAUUUCUUACACAUUUCUUGGAUUUGACAAGUUACACGUUUCGAAAUUCAGACAACUUCACGACUUUAAAUGAUCACCGUGCGGAAAAAAUAAAGCCCUUCAAAGUGCAUUUAAUUUACGUAAGAUUUUAAAGAAAAUUAAAUAUAUUUUAUACUCUUUCCGUUUCAUAAAGAUAAAUUUUUUAGCAUUUUUAUACAUAUUAAAAAACACAUUAAAUCACUAUAAUAAAUAUAUUAUUUUCUACAAUUUUUAAUUUUUAAUAAUUUUUAACCAAUAUCAAUUCAAUAAAGUCAAUUAUUUUUUUGAAGUUUAUAAUUUUUUUUAUAGAAAACACAAAAUAUUUAUCUUUGUAAAACAAUUUUUUUUUAAAACACAUGUCUUGAAACGGAAGGAUUAUUAUUCAUUUAUAGUUUAUUUUCAUAUAAACAAACUUUCUUUGGACAAAAUAAUAACUCAAAGCACCACAUAAAAGCUUAGUUUUUUUUUUUUUUUGAAAAAAGGGCUCAUAAAAGCUUAGUUAUCUCCUUAUAUUAAGGGAAUUGAGAUCUAUCUCACUAUACUGCAAAAAGACACACACACACAAUGGUCUCUGCUUCUCCCAUUUCUCCUUCUAAGGAAACUGAUCGAAAGUCCGGUGAGAAAUGGACGGCGGCAGAACCAUCACGACCUGCCAAGUGGUGGUACUCCACCUUCCACACCGUCACGGCUAUGAUCGGUGCAGGAGUUCUCAGCCUCCCUUAUGCCAUGGCUUACCUUGGCUGGGGACCAGGGACAUUAAUGUUGGUACUGACAUGGGGACUGACCCUAAACACGAUGUGGCAGAUGGUACAGCUCCACGAGUGCGUACCGGGAACCCGGUUUGACCGGUAUAUUGAUCUAGGCCGGUACGCUUUCGGCCCAAAACUCGGCCCAUGGAUCGUCCUCCCGCAACAGCUCAUUGUUCAGGUCGGGUGCUGCAUUGUUUACAUGGUGACUGGUGGCAAGUGCUUGAAGCAGUUCGUGGAUGUCACGUGCUCCACCUGCACUCCAGUGCGACCAACGUACUGGAUCCUCGCCUUCGGUGGGGUCCACUUCCUCCUCUCCCAGCUCCCUAACUUCAACUCCGUCGCCGGCGUCUCCUUAGCUGCCGCAGUCAUGUCCCUCAGCUACUCGACGAUAGCGUGGGCAGGAAGUAUCGCACAUGGAAGACUGCCUGACGUUAGCUACGGUUACAAAGCUACGAGUCCAAGUGAAUCCACGUUCCGAAUCUUCAAUGCCUUAGGUCAGAUCUCAUUCGCUUUCGCGGGUCACGCGGUGGCUCUAGAGAUCCAAGCAACGAUGCCUUCGACUCCUGAGAGACCAUCAAAGGUGCCCAUGUGGCAAGGAGUGAUGGGAGCUUACUUUGUCAACGCCAUUUGCUAUUUCCCGGUAGCUCUAAUCUGCUAUUGGGCCUUUGGUCAAGACGUAGACGACAAUGUGCUGAAUAAUCUACAGAGACCAGCUUGGCUUAUUGCUUCUGCUAAUCUCAUGGUUGUUGUUCAUGUCAUUGGUAGCUACCAAGUGUUUGCUAUGCCUGUCUUUGAUCUCUUGGAGAGGAUGAUGGUUAAUAAGUUUGGUUUUAAGCAUGGAGUUGUUCUGAGGUUUUUCACUAGAACUAUCUAUGUCGCGUUUACAUUGUUUAUUGGAGUGAGUUUCCCCUUCUUUGGAGACCUUCUAGGGUUCUUUGGAGGAUUUGGCUUUGCACCCACUUCCUUCUUUCUCCCAAGUAUAAUGUGGCUUAUCAUCAAGAAACCAAAGAGAUUCAGUAUCACGUGGUUGGUCAACUGGAUCUCCAUCAUCGUAGGGGUGUUCAUAAUGCUGGCAUCAACAAUUGGAGGACUGAGGAACAUCAUUGCAGAUUCUUCGGCUUAUAGAUUCUAUGCUUAGUAUUGAAUUGAGAGAACUUAUACACUAAAUUAUUGAUCAUUGGGUCAUCUAAUUAUAAGUGUAGGACUAAACCAUAUAAAAUGGUCAGGCGUGUCGAGUUAGAGAUCUGCUACUUUUUCAAUAAAACAUAAAUGCUAGUUCAAUAUUUAUCUUCAAUGCGAUUGAUCUUUCAUCCA